GGAGGAGGAGGAGGAGGAGGAGGAGGCCGUCGCCUCAGCCCUGAGGGGAGCGGGGAAUGGCGGCGGCGGCGGCGGCGGCGGCGGCGGAUGAAUUCGCCGGGCGGACGAGGGAAGAAGAAGAGAGGGUGGGGCGGGCCGGCGGGCGGGCCGGGCCCUCCUCCUCCUCUUCCUCCUCCUCCUCCUCCUUCUUCUUCUUCUUCUUCUUCUCCUUCUUCUUCUCGUCCUCCUCCUCCGCCGCCGCCGUGUAAGCGUCCGCCCGGGUCGUGGUCGGGGCCGCUGGCGGCCGCCUGGGCCCUGCUGCGCCUGGCCGCCUUCCGCCUGGGGCUGCUCGUCGCCUGGCUCUGCCGCCGCUUCUCCCGCCUCCUCAUGGCCGCCAGGGCGGACCGGCAGCCCGGCCGGCGGGAGGAGCGGCGGGAGGAGCGGCGGGACCCGCCCGGCCCGGACCCCGUCGGCGAGGCCCAGCAGGUCCGCGCCUUCCACAAGCAGGCCUUCGACUACAUCUCCAUCGCCCUGCGCAUCGACGAGGACGACAAAGCAGGUCAGAAGGAACAAGCCGUGGAAUGGUAUAAGAAAGGAAUCGAAGAACUGGAAAAAGGAAUAGCUGUCUUGAUCACAGGACAAGGUGAACAGUGUGACAGAGCCAGACGUCUUCAGGCUAAAAUGAUGACUAAUCUGGUCAUGGCCAAGGAUCGUUUGCAACUUCUAGAGAAGCUGCAACCAGUUUUUCAGUUUUCCAAGUCGCAACCGGACGUCUAUCACGACAGUACUAAUCUGACAUGCCGCAAUGGACAUCUCCAGUCAGAAAGCGGAGCUGUUCCGAAAAAGAAGGACCCGUUAGCACACACUAGCAACUCCCUUCCUCGUUCAAAAGCAGUUGCAAAAACUGGAUCCGCAGGCCUUUCAGGCCAUCAGAGAGCACCCAGUUGCAGCGGGCUGUCAAUGUUUUCUGCGGGUAGACAAGGAGCUGGUCCUGCGACUUCGACUCAUAAGGGUACUCCGAAACCUAAUAGAACAAAUAAACCAUCUACUCCUACACCUGCUGCCCGAAAAAAGAAAGACUUGAAAAAUUUUAGGAAUGUGGACAGUAAUCUUGCCAAUCUCAUAAUGAAUGAAAUCGUAGACAACGGAACGGCUGUCAAAUUUGAUGAUAUAGCCGGACAAGAGUUGGCAAAGCAGGCGCUACAAGAAAUUGUUAUUCUUCCUUCCCUUAGACCUGAGUUGUUUACAGGCCUUAGGGCUCCAGCCCGUGGAUUGUUGCUGUUUGGUCCACCUGGAAAUGGGAAGACUAUGCUGGCUAAAGCUGUAGCUGCAGAGUCAAACGCCACCUUCUUUAAUAUAAGUGCCGCCAGUUUAACUUCAAAAUAUGUGGGAGAAGGAGAGAAAUUGGUGAGAGCUCUCUUUGCUGUAGCUCGGGAACUUCAGCCAUCUAUAAUUUUUAUAGAUGAAGUCGAUAGCCUUUUGUGUGAACGGAGAGAAGGAGAACACGAUGCCAGCAGACGUUUAAAAACGGAGUUUUUAAUAGAAUUUGACGGUGUACAGUCUGCUGGAGAUGACAGAGUUCUUGUGAUGGGCGCAACUAAUAGGCCGCAGGAGUUGGAUGAAGCUGUUCUCAGGCGGUUCAUCAAACGGGUAUAUGUGUCUUUACCAAAUGAGGAGACAAGACUGCUUUUACUAAAAAAUCUCUUAAGCAAACAAGGAAGUCCACUGACCCAAAAAGAGCUAGCACAGCUAGCUAGAAUGACAGAUGGCUACUCAGGAAGUGACUUAACGGCUUUGGCGAAAGAUGCAGCCCUGGGUCCUAUUCGAGAACUGAAACCAGAACAAGUGAAGAACAUGUCUGCCAGUGAGAUGAGAAAUAUUCGAUUGUCGGACUUCACCGAAUCCUUGAAGAAGAUAAAGCGCAGCGUGAGCCCUCAGACGCUGGAAGCGUAUAUUCGGUGGAACAAGGACUUCGGAGACACCACGGUCUGAAGCGGCAGAGCUGUACGACCGCGGGAGGCCAACGUGUUAACUGCCAAGAGGAGAAAACGGUAGCCGCGGAAAGGCGGCCGGUAUAGGCUACCAAAAUCGCGCCUGGGUUUACGAGACUUUUCAGAUUCUCACAAGGAUUUGUGGGCACUGAAACUGGAAGCGGCGCCAGAAAAGAAAUGAAAAUAUAACGUAACACAUGAAGAGAAGUCUUCGUUGUUAAAGGCGCCCUUGUCUUUAUAGUCGGGGUUUGUUCGAUGGGCACGGCAGUUGGAGCACAAUGAGAACCGGGAGAAAAAAGAAAAAUCUAGCUACUUCAUCAUCACUAACCAAAAUUUGUAUAUUUUGUAAUAGGUAUUCCAGUGGUAGUAAUUGAAGGCAUAGAGUCCCUUAGCCUUGGUUUUUUGUCUUAUGUUUUUUUUUUUUCCAUGUGACACUUGCAUUCUCCACUCUCCUCAUCCCCCUGUUAUGUUAAUAUAUACUUGUAACUAUAACUGUAAUGCUCGAAGUUUGGUUUUGGGUUUGUUUUGUUUUUUUUUUUUUUGGUAAGUUCAAUUCAGGUGCCAAAUGGAACUUUUCCCCAAACAAUAGGAUUGAGAAAAGUAUGAGGGUUUUUUUUUUAAAUGUACAUAAGUCCAUUAAGCAGCCAGUCUGUUUUUGCUCGGGAGUUUUUCUGUCUCCUGUGAAGUUCCAUGGCAACCAAACGGUUUCUAUAGCCAUUUGGUAAACGAAAAGCAAAUCUAGGGAAAAUAACGGGGCGAGGUUGGAAUUGCGGAAUCUUAUCAUUUGGCCUACCAGAUUCCCUGCCGACGCGGUUGUAAAGAAUCCGGUUGUACGUUCUGUGUUUGUGUUGUUUUUCUUUUUCUCUUUGAACCAGACUGAUUGACAGAAAUGAUAUUAACUGCUGUAAAGCUUGGUGGGGAGGGAAGGGGCAAGUUCUGAAUUCAAAAUUUUCUAAUGUGUUAUUACUUUCAAGGUGUUCGUUCUCGAUUAAAUGCCAGAGAAGUGAUCAUUCUGGAUCCUUAGUCGUUAAUAUGUUCAACCAGACAUUAAGAUGAGAGGUUAUUGGAUUUUUAUACAUUGCCUACAGUAACAUUUUAUAGCUUCCGUGUGCUCACUUUGUAUACUAAAAGUCUUAGACUUGAUUCAUUUGCCCUUUUUUAAGUACAGUAACUUAAUUUCUUGUUUGUACAAAUAUGCCUGGAUUUUUAUUAAAGGACGUGUAGUAAAUAGGAACUCUUAAAUCAUGGCCUUUUAAAUAUUGUAAUAAAGGGAAAUGGAUAAUUGCCCUUAGUUUACCGGUUAAAAUUUUGUUUACAGAAUUUUCUGUGGUGCUGAAUUGUUGUUAUAAAGUAUAUUAAGAAUGGAAAAAGAAUAGCUUCGUAGUGAGGAAUACUGUCUUCAGUUUAGAAAAAGCAUGUCUUCAGUGAUCCGUAUGUAUGUACAAGAAUGUGCCCUACUCGAGAUAAUUUAAUGCAGAUUUUUUUUUUUAAUUUUUAAAAGCCUGCCCCUCCCCUCUUACAAUUUCUGAAACGGAAGAAGCGAUUUCUCAGUAUCACCUGCCAUUUUUUAGCCAAGACUUAAGCUCACAUGAACUAAAGAAAGGCAAGAGAAUUUAUAUUUUCACAAAUAACAUUUUUUUCCCUGAAUCGGGGUUGCUGGGCUGCCAGUCAAUCAGAAGUUCCCCUCUUCUUCUGUUGUCCAGAAUAAGAAUAAAUUCUGUCUUUUUUUAUUUAUUACUUGGGGAAAAAAACUCCUUGGAUUUCCUUACCUAGUUCUAAAAAGAUCCCAUCAAACUUACUACCGGAUUGCGUGUAGAUAGUAACUGCAACUGACAGAUCCCUAAUUAAAAGCAUUUUAGCAGCUUUACCUUAAAUCUGCUUUCACGUAUUUUCACCGUACCAGUCGAGAGACAAUUAUGCACUUUGUUUUCUGGAUAAAUUUUCUGAACAUUUGGACACUUUCUGACCGCAUUUCCAAACACUUUUUAGUCUUUUGAGACUAUUAUAUUUAUCCCUGAAGAAUGUCGCUUUGAGUUUUAGAUGAAUUUAGUGUGCAGUUCUGUAAUAUCAUUGGUAAGCACCUUAUAUCAAGCCAUACUUAAGGAGAAAUAUUUCCCACCCUCCCAAAGUUAGUUAAAGUAAAAACAGUAUUCUUUACAAAGUCAUAGUACCAUCCCAUGUUAAGUAUUGUCAAAAUAUUCUUCCCCUCAUGGGAGGAUGGUGAAAGAUCAAGCAAUUAUCUGACCAUUUGCUCAGUGCCCUCAGUCGAAAAGGAUAAUUCAGGCUCAAAAGUGGAUUUAUAUUUUUUUUUGUGCUCUGAAAUAUCAUUUGUAUAUUCUGCAGGGAGGAGUGUAGAUCAUCUGGAUAAUUGUUCGCUUCCAUUUGGGGGCGGGGGGGGUCUACGUAGUCCCAGCCUCUGAAUGUCGUGGUGAUAGUAAGAUUGGGGCUCAAGAGAACUCAUCUGGCAUUCCACCUUCCCACCGUGCCCGAAGUUCUUUGGGUCUAAAAGGAUCGGCUCUCGAUAGCUCCGUACCACUGACCGUCUUGUCGGAUGAAUUCAAAAUUGCCAUUAAAAAGCUCUGGAAAAAGGCAAAACAAAUCACCGGCUUUCCAGGGGUUUUGAGGCUAAAAGUCCCUUUCAGUCGAAGAACUGCCCUCCGGUUCCACGGCGUCACGUUUCUCUGCUGCAAACAGGCAUUGAGCUCAGGAAGAAUUGGGGGAAGAAACCAGUCUUUCUACUAUAAUUCAAUUUUGUUCUUUGUUGAAAACUACUGACUAAUCAUCUCCGUCCGGGAAAGUGGAAAAAACUUCCCUUUAGAACAGUUCCUUCUUGAUGGUUUUUCUUUCAUCUGAGGGGAUAUUUUUCCAGAUCUGAGGGAGUAGGGCAGCACCCUCCAUCUUUCUCGGGAAAUGCAGUAUUGGGAAGAUUAGAAAACAGGUAUUUAACCUAUGAGUAAAGUUUCCGUGAGAUACAGGUCUUUUCCAAGGGGUUUAGGUACCAGGCAACCCCUUCUAAAGGCAGAUAUUCAUCGUUCCCCCUUUCCCCGAACUUGGUGGAGGGCAACUCUGCUCCAAGGAAAGUGACUUAAUUUUCCAGUAAUCUGUGUGGUUUCCGAAAUGUCUGUCGUAUGUUGCUUCUUAAUAACUUAGAGGAAGACCAUGUAAAGAUUUGAAAUAUUCACCAAGAUUUUAGCUACGUGAUUUUGAUUUCUUCUAAAUAAAAGCACUGCCUUUGUC